UAUUUUGUCGACUUCCAAGCUCUGUGAUUUCUUCUCCAGUCUUUGGAAGAUUCAAAGAGCGUACGCUGCCCUUCGUGGACUUUUAAAGUUUUCUAAAUUUCAGAGGCAGAGCUUAUUACUUUUGCGUGGCUGAGGAAAGCUUCCUAUCUCCCUUUCUCUCUCUGCUCUUUUGUUGUGAGCAAAAGUGGAAGAUAUAAACCUGCGCACUCUUCCCCUUCUCCUCUCUUUCUCUGACUCUCUGUCUCUCUUCGGGGACCUCUAUCUUGGUCUGUGCUGCUUCUAACUGCCUUGAAGGAAAAUUGAUUGCUGUGAUUUAUCGACUAUUGCAUAAGUGAAAGCCAUCUUGUUGCUUCCAGUCUGGCACAAUUGAAAGUUAUGUCGACCCAUAAGCAGAGGUUUUGGAAUCUUUAGAGCUGACGGUUGCUAGGCAUUGAAAGCUUGUAAGUGUGUGCCUUUGGCAGUAAUGACUUGUUUCUCUUUCUUGUCAAGAAAGAAGAAAUCUUCUUCAGCUAGAGGAACUGUUCAAUUUGGUGAAGAGGUUUCAGGCAUCCAGAAUGUUAUGCUGUACACUUAUAGAGAACUGAAAAAUGCUACGGAUGAUUUUGAUCAAGCAAAUAAAAUAGGGGAAGGGGGGUUUGGUUCUGUCUACAAGGGAAGGCUUAAAGAUGGCAAGGUUGUUGCUAUCAAGGUACUAUCGGCCGAAUCAAGGCAAGGUGUUCGGGAGUUCCUGACAGAGUUACAAAUGAUAUCAGAUAUAGAGCAUGAAAACUUAGUCAAGCUGUAUGGUUGUUGUGUUGAAGGAAUCCAUAGAAUUUUGGUUUAUGGCUACCUGGAGAAUAAUAGUCUUUCACAGACUCUCCUUGGAAGCCACAGUAGCAUCCAGUUUGAUUGGAAAGCACGUUAUAAAAUUUGUAUUGGUAUUGCUCGUGGGCUAGCAUUUCUUCAUGAGGAAGUUCAGCCUCAUAUUGUUCAUAGAGAUAUCAAAGCAAGCAAUAUCCUCCUUGAUAAUGACCUCAAUCCCAAAAUUUCAGACUUUGGUCUCGCGAAGCUUAUUCCAGUCAACAUGACACAUGUUAGUACACGUGUUGCCGGAACAAUAGGUUAUUUGGCACCUGAAUAUGCAAUACGGGGACAAUUAACACGCAAAGCAGAUAUUUAUGGAUUUGGGGUUCUCCUCCUUGAAAUAGUAAGUGGCAGAUGUAACACCAACACACGAUUACCAGUUGGAGAACAAUAUCUUCUUGAAAGGACAUGGGUGUUACAUGAGCGGGGGGAGCUUGUGGGGCUGGUUGACACAUCAUUGAACGGGAUUUUUGAUGCUGAGGAAGCAUGCAGGAUCUUGAAGAUUGGCCUUCUGUGCACCCAGGAUGCACCUAAGCUCCGGCCAGCAAUGUCAACUGUGGUCAAGAUGCUAACAGGUGAGGUGAAUGUUGAUGGCUUGAAGAUAACGAGGCCAGGUCUUAUCUCUGAUUUCAUGGAUCUCAAAGUCGGAGCCCAGAAAGGGAAGACUCAUGCGAAUUUUACCUCUUACACGGGAUCGUCUGGAUCAGACAAGGUGGAUAAUUCAUCCUUCUUGUCAGAAACCACCAAUACCACCUAUAACAACAGCACAAUUGCCACCAUGACCUUCAACUCCAUCUAUGAAAGAAGCAACUGAGAGAAGUCAUCACUACAAUGGAUGUUCAUUCUUUUCCUUUCCUGCAGGUUUUCCAGGUUUCUUGUGAUAUGUAAAUUUUGUGUUAGCCCAUUUAUCAUUUGUUGUUCAUUUUUAAUUUGAUUACUGUGGUCUUUAUAGGAAGGUAAAAUUUUGUAAAUGAGGACUAUUUGAUGUGUCAAAUGUGUAUUCACUUCAGACAUGUCAAGAUUUGUAAAGUACCAUGUCUUUCUAUUAUUAUUCAGAGGUGAAAAGAAAUUUGUAGAAUGAA